CUGUCGACGUAUGACGUGUGGCGUGUAGCGUGUAAUGUAGUCGGCGUGUAGUCGUAGUGUCAGUGUCAAGUGCGUGUACCGUGCCUCAUCAGACAAGGAGGGUGUUAGAUAAGAUGAUAUUGCCCCAGCAUUAUUGGGGCCAUGCCUCAACACCAUGCUCAAUACACUUUCUGUCAUCCUAAUUGCUCUUGGCAUACUAUUGUUGGUGACAGUGUGCAUUGUGGGUAAUCUGCUUGUGUGUUUGGCCAUAUACCAUGACUCUCGACUCCGACGUACCGAGAAUCUGUUCAUCGCAUCCCUUGCUGUGGCAGACUUGUUGGUCGCUGGGGUCAUGAUCAUGGCAGGGAUCAAUGAUCUCCUAGGCCGAUGGGUUUUUGGGGCCAAGCUUUGUCACAUUUGGAUCGCAGUGGACAUCAUGUGUUGCACUGCUUCUAUCUUCAACCUUUGUGCCAUUGCUUUAGACAGAUACACCCAUAUAAAAGAUCCCUUCAGGUACCCUGUGGUGGUGACCAGGAGAGUAGUGCUGAGCAGCAUAGCCCUGGUAUGGGUAGUAUCAGGAGGAGUGUCGUUGGUGUCACUGUGGUUCCAUCGGUCGUCUGUGCUGAGUUAUUGUAGCCUGGACCUCGCACCUGUAUAUGCUGUUGUAUCUUCACUGAUCAGCUUCUGUAUCCCAUGUCUGGUCAUGGCUGCAAUUUACUCGAGACUCUACCUACUAUCUCGCCAUCACUGCCAAUCUAUUGCCAAUACUCAUAUCGAUCAUAAGGCUGCAGUGACUAUUGGCAUCAUAAUGGGGAUUUUCCUCGCGUGUUGGCUGCCCUUCUUCUGUGCCAACAUCCUGGAUGCCUUCUACCCCGACUACGUCUCCUCAUCCUUGUUCAAACUACUCACAUGGCUCGGUUACUCUAACUCCGUCUUCAACCCUAUUGUCUACUCAGUUCUUAACAAAGAGUUCAGAGAAUGUUUCAAGCUCAUUGUUAUGAGAAGACUGUCAAAACAGAGUGUCAAAACUAUCUCGUCCAUUACCAGUUAGCACUUUCGGUGCCUUGCUUGGAUGGUCAUAAUAAAUUGAAUUUUGAUACAAAUUGAAAGGUAUUAAUUCAGUGAUUCUGAGAAAUGUCAGAAGCUUAUGAUGGUUCAAAACCUGCUGUCAUGAUUGUUGAGUUUUGAAUGAAUGCUCCAGGUGAUCUUAGUCAGUAACAACUAACAAAUAAAGUUUGUCAUCUCAUUCAUAGAGUGCCUUCUGGGAACACUGACUGGUGCACCGGUGCAUAAAAUGUGUCGUUCUGCGAGACCGGUGAGUUAACCUAGCAGACAGCUAUUUCCUCUUUUUCCUCCACCAGUGCAAGAUUUAUGUAACGGAGAAAUUGUAUGGUGCAUUGUACACCCGCAGCCUCUGAUUUGUCAGUUUCUUGCACAACAAUAUAUGCAGCUAUGGCAGGUCCAUCAAAUAAUUUUCAUCAGAUCGAUAGGUUAUAUUACGUGAUGAGUGAAUAAUUUAUUCUAUGAGGGGAUUUAUGGAGGAUUUAUUUUUGGGGAUUUAAUAUUACGUAAUAAGUGAAAAAAUUGCAAAUAAUUUAUUGUGUGAAGGUAAGUUUGUUUGAUUUAAAUAUUAUACAGUAAAUAGUAGGUGGAUGUGUAAAUUAUAAUCAGAUGUAUACCCUAAACCGGUGACUAACCGUUCUGGGAUACUAAGACUCUUGCCCGGGGUGGUACCGGUGAGUAAGUCGCCGGUUCAUCUGCACCGGUGCACCAGUACAUGUUCCCAGAUCGCGCCCAUUCAACACUCAUCUUACACUAAGAUUCGUCUUCAAAUAUGCCUAUGGUGUUUCGUCAAAGAAAUUAAAUCUAAUCACAAAUAGAUUGUUUUGAAAAUGUCAUUAAACCAGUAUUUAGACAAAAUUAUCAGACUUAUUUCCUAAAUUAAGCAUCACAGGGGUAACUACUGUAUGUGUUUAUGGUUCCAGUAAAAGAAUAACUUGUGCGUGCUCAUGAAGCUUUGUAUAGUAAUAAUAUUUUUCUUGGUAAUAAGAGAUUCAGUAUGUUUCAUGUUUAGAUGUUCCUUUAGUGUAAUUUUUUGUUAAUACUCUUUUAUAUUGUAAACUAUUGUUUUUUUUAUAUACCGUACUAAAUAAGUCACCACAUGUUGGUAGAGUAUUGUUCCUAUAUCCUAUGAAAAGUAAGUACUUGUAUUACAGGCUAAAAGUAAAAAUUAGAUACCGUAUGUUAAGCCAUUAUUUAAGUUAAUAUAGAUAGAUUAGAGAAUUUGGCCUGUUUGGUUAAUUUUUAGUUAAUUUUUUUAAAGGAUAGUGGCAAAAUAGGUCUGUCUAAUCCAUCAACUCAACUCGUCACAUCACUACGCCAGUCCAGUACGCCGCAAAAGAAGGCACAGUAGAGUGUAAUCUGUGGUUCGCAGAGGUUAAAUUGAUUUGUAAAUUAAACUAAAUUUAAAUAUAGGCCUACAUGAUGAUAAAGAAAUUUGAUGCUGGUUUAAUGAAUUUCGUGGCACCGUAUAGUGUUUUGAAAGGACAUUCACCUGGCCGGCUAAUAACAAGUGAUCUCAAGUCAAGUCGAAGAAAUCUAACAAUUCUGCAUUAGAAGCCCGAAAAAAUCAAUUGCCCUACAAAGUCUUCAGUAACACCCUGUAUUUACAGUAAAACAAUAAAAAAAUAUUCAAAGUUUAUUUAAUUUGUUAGUUAGAUAAUAAUUAAUUAUUUUCACUUAUUAUUAUGAGAAUUAUAACAGAAUUAUAAGUACCUGUAUUACACUAAGAUUAUUCAACAAAUAAAAGUCACACAUAUUGUCAUGACUAUUCUUAUACUCACUCUAGUAUACACAGUAACAGUAUCACCAAUCUAGUUAACCAUAGGAUUCGUAAAAAGACAUGUUCUACAUCCUUUCCAAAUUUCUGAUUAUCCAACAAGUAAUUUUAGAUCUCUUCUGGUCUGCAUGCAUAUACUCUAUUAUAACGGUAAAUAAAUAACCUUCCAUGCAGCACAUAAUACCCCCGCCGCAGCAAACCUGCCGACUAAGCAAAUUUCCAUUUGUCUGAAUUAAUUUUCAACUAAUACUUUUUUAUUCUAAAUAAUUUU